UCCUUUUUUUAGGGUUAGGGUUCCACUCUUCCCCUCUCCUCUCUUUUAAAGGACUCGCACACCCUCUUUAUUUUCUCUCUCUUCCGCGCUUCACUUUCUCUUUGGAACUUCAGAUAUUCUCCGAGAGAAGAAGAAGAUGAUGCAGCCAGGACCCGGAAUGCCUCCAACAAACAUGGGCCAGCAGCCACCACAGCAGUACCAACAGCAGCCGCCGCAGCAGCAACCGCCAUACAUGAUGAUGCCGCCUCAGCCUCAGGCGCCUCCACCCAUGUGGGCUCCUUCCGCCCAGGCGCCGCCUCAGCAGGUUGCUCAGCCGCAGCAAUCGGCUCAGCCCACCAGCGCCGACGAGGUCCGCACCCUCUGGAUCGGAGACUUGCAGUACUGGAUGGACGAGAACUACCUCUACACCUGCUUCGCUCACACCGGCGAGGUGACCUCAGUAAAGGUUAUCCGGAACAAGCAAACUGGUCAGUCUGAGGGUUAUGGUUUUAUCGAGUUUGGUAGCCGGGCCGGAGCUGAGAGAGUGCUCCAGUCAUAUAAUGGAGCGAUUAUGCCAAAUGGUGGGCAGAGCUUCAGAUUGAACUGGGCUACAUUUAGUGCCGGUGAGAAGCGUCAUGAUGAUAGUCCAGAUCACACCAUAUUCGUUGGUGAUUUGGCUGCAGAUGUUACUGAUUACCUCCUUCAGGAGACAUUUAGGACUCGUUAUAGCUCGGUGAAGGGGGCAAAAGUUGUGAUUGAUAGGCUCACUGGCCGGACUAAGGGUUAUGGUUUUGUAAGAUUUGCGGAUGAAAGUGAACAAAUGAGGGCUAUGACUGAGAUGCAAGGGGUUCUUUGUUCAACUAGACCCAUGAGGAUUGGACCGGCCUCUAAUAAAAACCCUGCCACUCAGCAGAAAGCAUCUUAUCAGAAUCCUCAAGGUGCACAGAACGAGAAUGAUCCAACUAAUACAACAAUUUUUGUGGGCAAUUUGGACCCCAACGUCACUGAUGAUCUUCUGAGACAAGUUUUUGGUCAGUACGGAGAGUUAGUUCAUGUGAAGAUUCCAACGGGCAAGCGAUGUGGGUUUGUCCAAUUUGCAGACAGGAGCUGUGCAGAAGAGGCACUAAGGGUUUUGAAUGGAUCCCAGUUGGGUGGACAAAAUGUACGGCUCUCAUGGGGCCGCAGUCCUUCAAACAAACAGUCUCAGCCGGAAACAAAUCAGUGGAGUGGCGGGAGUGGUACCGGCGGGAGUGGCGGAUACUAUGGAUACGCUCAAGGCUAUGAAAAUUAUGGUUAUGCUGCUACUGGACAGGACCCCAACAUGUAUGGCAGUUAUCCGGGGUAUCCUAACUACCAACCUCCGCAGCAACAGCAGCAAUUAGGAUAUAGUUGAGAAGUUACUACUACAUUUCUGUCAUCUACUAUUGUCAUGUUAUGAUACUUGUUGAGUUGUUUUAUCUAUCCUCGAGUCUCGUGGAAAUCUGUCUCUGCUCCUUUUUGCUUUCCCCUUUUAUGUUUCUCCCAAACACUCAAACCCUCUUACUGUAUGCAUAACGAGUUGUUUGCUCAGUACUUAUUUAAUGUUCAGAUAUGAUGCGUGUUUUCUUUUAAA